UUUGCCAAUUUUGAAUACAAUAUCAUAUUAUGCAGUGUGAAAUGCGUUGACGUGAGUGUUUUAAAGACUUAUUUGUAUAGCAGAAAACAUGUGCGAGCUGUGUUCAACACCGUUAGAAGAGCAUCAGCGAUGAGCAUAUUUGACAAAAACAUUUUGCCCUACGAAAAGUUGGAAUCAAACUUAAAAAUUGUGAAAGAUAAAAUCGGAAAACCGUUGUCUUUGACUGAAAAAAUUCUAUAUUCACACUUGGAUGACCCGGCUAAACAAGAUAUUGAACGUGGUGUAUCUUACUUAAAACUAAGACCGGACCGUGUGGCAAUGCAAGACGCUACUGCCCAAAUGGCUAUGCUGCAGUUUAUGUCAUCUGGCUUAAAGAGAGUGGCUGUACCAACGACCAUUCAUUGUGACCAUUUAAUUGAAGCUCAAGUUGGUGGAGUAGAAGACUUAAAGAGAGCUAAUAAAGAUAACGAAGAGGUAUUUAAUUAUUUGAAAACAGCUAGCGCCAAGUACGGAGUUGGUUUUUGGCGUCCUGGUUCAGGGAUCAUUCAUCAAAUUAUUCUAGAAAACUAUGCUUUUCCUGGAUUGUUAAUGAUCGGGACUGACUCGCACACGCCUAAUGGUGGUGGACUUGGAGGUUUGUGUAUUGGAGUUGGUGGUGCGGACGCCGUAGACGUGAUGGCUAAUUUUCCGUGGGAAUUGAAGUGUCCAAAAAUUAUUGGAGUCCAUCUGACUGGAAAAAUGAAAGGUUGGACUACACCAAAAGAUGUCAUUCUUAAAGUGGCAGAUAUUUUAACAGUCAAAGGGGGUACAGGUGCUGUAAUUGAAUAUCACGGACCAGGAGUGGAUAAUAUAUCAUGCACAGGCAUGGGCACCAUCUGUAAUAUGGGUGCAGAAAUUGGAGCCACCACUAGUUUGUUCCCAUUCAAUCACCGAAUGGCAGAUUAUUUAAAAGCUACCUCACGUGGUUAUAUUUCGGAAGAAGCUGCGAAGCACAGUAAAUCAUUGUUAACUCCUGACAAAGGCAGUAAUUAUGACCAGUUAAUUGAACUUGAUUUAACAUCGUUGGAACCUCAUGUCAAUGGACCCUUCACGCCUGAUCUCGCUCAUCCUAUUUCAAAACUUGGAGAAAAUGCCAAAAAAAACGAUUGGCCGGUUGAAAUUAAAGUUGGUCUGAUUGGAAGUUGUACAAACUCGAGUUAUGAAGAUAUGGCGAGAUGUGCUACAAUUGCAAAAGAAGCCAUAGCUCAUGGACGUAAAUCAAAAAUUCCAUUCAACGUCACUCCUGGAUCUGAACAAAUCAGGGCAACAAUUGAAAGAGAUGGAAUUGCGCAAACACUGAGAGAUUUUGGAGGUACUGUAUUAGCUAAUGCAUGUGGUCCAUGUAUUGGUCAAUGGGACCGUAAAGAUGUAAAAAAGGGUGAAAAGAAUACCAUUGUGAGCUCUUACAAUAGAAACUUUACUGGGCGAAACGAUGCUAAUCCAGCGACUCAUGCUUUUGUCACGUCUCCAGAGAUGGUAACUGCCUUAGCCAUUGAAGCUCGUUUAGACUUUGAUCCAACAACCGCAACAAUCAAGGGUGCUGAUGGUAAAGAAUUUAAAUUGAGCAAUCCAUUUGGUGACGAACUUCCUCAAAAGGGAUUUGAUGCUGGUCAAGAUACAUACCAAGCUCCGCCUGCUGAUGGAUCAUCUGUAAGUGUGGAUAUAAAUCCAAAAUCCAAUCGUCUUCAACUAUUGGAACCUUUCGAAGCUUGGGACGGCAAAGAUUUAGAAGGCCUUGUUAUACUUAUUAAAGUAAAAGGAAAAUGUACAACUGAUCACAUUUCUGCUGCUGGUCCCUGGUUGAAAUAUCGUGGGCAUUUGGAUAAUAUUUCAAAUAACAUGUUUUUAACUGCAACUAAUUCAGAAAAUAAUGAAAUGAAUAAGGUAAAAAACCAGGAAACAGGAGAAUGGGAUGCAGUACCGAACACGGCUAGAGCGUACAAGGCCAAUUGUUUACCGUGGGUUGUGUUUGGUGAUGAAAACUAUGGCGAGGGAAGUAGCAGAGAGCAUGCCGCUUUAGAACCACGACAUUUGGGAGGACGUGCAGUUAUUGUCAAAUCUUUUGCCAGGAUACAUGAAACAAAUUUGAAAAAGCAAGGAUUAUUAGCCUUGACCUUUGCUGACGCUAAGGAUUAUGAUAAAGUUCAACCAAGUGAUAGAGUUUCUAUAGUCGAACUUGACCAGUUCGCUCCUGGCAAGGUAAAAUAAUAAUUGCUAGUUUAUAAUUUUUGCCUACUUCACCUUAGUUUAUAAAUUUUAUAAACGUUAUAAGUUGGGAAUAUCCAAUUAAUACGAUUUAUUAUUUCAGCCUUUAAAAUGCAUAUUAUGUCACACUGAUGGAAGUUGUGACGAAAUAUUACUAAAUCAUACAUUCAACGAACAACAAAUUGAAUGGUUUAAGGCCGGUAGUUCAUUGAACAGAAUGAAGCAAUUGGCUGAUUAAUCUGAUUGAUAAUCAACCAAUUAGUAAAAUCACGCAGUUGACGUAAGUAAUUUACGCCUAUUCAAGUUUAAUUAAUAAUUUAAAUAAUUUACUUAGUCAAUUUUCCGGCUUUGAGCAUUAUGCGAUAAAUAAUUGAUAAUUUUUAUAGAUAUAUUGUUGUUUUUUUUUUUUUUUGAGAAACGUUUAAUUUUUUAAGCGUUUGAUUAGUAUUACGAGUUAAUAAAACAGAAAUACUUUAUAUUUUAUUAUUGUAGUAAACACUUGCAAGUUCACAACGCGUAGUCAUUUCGGCAAACAAAAAUUACACAUGUUAUGGCAUUUUAGGCUAUGCUUCGCUCAAUAUGAAUUUCUUUUAAAACAUUUAUUAUGAUUUAACUUUUUUAAAAGCCACACAGUUUAUAAUUCAUAUGCCAAAACUAAAAUAUUUUUCUAAGUAUAUUGAUUUUCGAUACAGAAAAUAGGAAGAUAAGUUUAUGAGUUACGACUUAUAAGUUAUAAGUAUUCAUAAUAGGUACUUAUAAUAUUUUAAAUGCGUAAUAAAAGCUAUCUACUAAUAUAAGCUAUUAUAUUAUAUAUUUUAAAUGCGUAUAACUCAUAAGCUACUCGUCCAAAUUUCGAUUUUUCUGUAUUUUCCCACGAGUAGCUUAUGAGUUAUACGCAUUUAAAAUAUA